GUAAAGUCAUUUUUCCAAAAUAGCCAUCAACCUCCAUGACCAAUACUCCCUAGACCAUGUCGGAUCCAACAACUACAACACCCGCUUCGACAACUGCAGGGAAUUCAGUAACAGGGACAGCGGCGACGGGGCAAUCUGUAUCCUCUUCUACGGCAGCGGGAACAUCUACAAGAAUUGCAACCGCAGUAGGGUCAGGAACCACGACGGUGACAGUUACUGACGAGGAGCCUCAGCAAGUUUUGCGCCUGACAUUAGUUGAUAGACCUACUGUGACUUGGUGAGUUCAAUAGUUUUGUGAAUCAACGGAUGCAUUCUUUAUGUACCGGUAUACACACGUGAUCCGUAACAGCUCUAUUGAUUGUGCAAUGCGUCUGCUGACUGGUAUGCCUAAAAAUGUUGGUAUUUUCUGUUUACGCAGGGACGAAAACGUUGUCGACAACGAAGGAAUGGGCAGAAAAUCGUCCAAAAGAUGUUGCAUUUUCCACAAGGAAAAAGCCUUUGGGGAGUCAUCCACCGACUCCUCAGAUUACGACUCAGACGGUGACAAAAAUCAGCAUAAAAGGAUUGCUCACAAGAAACACAACGGAAAGAAAAAGACUCCUGAUCAUUUGCGAUUUCACGCCUAAUAAUGAGUGAAGAAUCGGGUGAUGGUGUAACAGGAGCUACAAAUUAGGAAGCAAGUACCGUACGUACUUCAAACAUUGUACUAUUGUUUUCUUUCCGACGCCUGUAAUGUGACGAUAAUUCUCCUUGGAAUGCUCAGAUGGUACGCGUAGAGAGCUGAUAUCUAUGAGCUACUCGAGACACGCAAAGAGGUAGAGAGAGAAACUAGAUACAGCUUGUAAUAAUUUUUCAACAAAGGAAAAAUCGGCCUACGUUCCGAAGCGCAAUGGGACGUACAUUUUUGUGUUAGUAUACGGCGGAGCCCAAUCACUUGCGCUCGAGAUCUUGUGCGUAAUGAAACACGAAAGAUAGCAAUGCCGAUCGAAAAAAUUCAGUUCGUUGAGUGCAUGAUAGUUGGAAAUAUGAAUCAUCAUGCAGUGAAACAAAUGCCCGUACAUGCCGUGAAGCUCAAAUGGAAAUGAUUCAAGAUACAGAUAUUGUGCAUUUAAUUGUUAUAGCCGGGUGCGUGAAGUUCUUAGUAUGAUUUUUUCCUGAUAGAAACGCAAAAGUAGCAAGCUGUUCGUCGGAGUAGAAUAUGUCAGUGUAUGAUAAUUUGUAGCUGCUAGCUAAUAGAGAACUUGGAAAUCAACAAUGGAUGGAUGAAAUGGAAUAAAAUGAUUGCGACUUUCGCUUAGGAGCUCCAAAAUGCUCGUGUGGACAGUUUUUUCGUGUUUGUUUGUUUGUAAGAUAGUAAGAAGAUCGGUCAUUGCCAGUGUGUAGAUGCCGGCACGAUCACGGUGGUGGUGCAAAACUUUUCGAAAGGGUAGGACAGCGGUAGAGAAUUCGGACCUUAGAAAAUCCGUCCUCUUCGGUAUAAUUCAACAUUCGCUCCUCUCUUGCCUUGAUCAUCCAAGAGCAGAUCACCUCAUUCGUCGUCCGAAGAAAUGACUGCCUUAUCAUCGUUACUCGAGGCGGAGCUUCCAGAAGAUGGUGGCACCACGUUACUUCUGGAAGAAAUAAAACCAGAGUUCGGAGGUUCGAAAUGAGGCAUUUCCAAAGAGUCUAGGAGGGCAUCGGCUUCGUUUGCAGCAACCUGAGCUGCAGCGGCGGCGGCAUCCGCUUCGGACGACUGCUUAGCUUGUGCAAUGAGAUUGAGUUGCGAGUUUAUCGCCCCAGUGUCAAAGGACAUGAUGACAGAUAUGAGCUUGUUGGAGGCAGGGCUGAACUUAGCACGAAUUUGACCCUUCAGAAGCAACUCAACUCGUUGCCCAGAAACACCAUGUGUAGCAGCAGUCCAGUCCAUCAUAGCAACACAAUUGUCCAUGAAAAAGUUACUGCGAUCGCAAUUGUACACGCACGUUAUGCGUUCGUUGUUUCCGAGCUUGCAGAAAUUUUGUAGGAAGUUCGAAAACAAAGUGGAAUCGUUCAUGACUUCACCGACGCCUGUCAGGACCUGUUCGUAUCGUGGGCUACCAUCGUUUGAAUGCACCAUGUCUCGAAAGUUGACGAAUGGCAUCGUUAGGGUGAAAUUUUCCUCCAAGAUUGCCGCCCAUCGAGCAGCAUUUGCCUCAUUCCGCCCACGGAGCUUGAGAAAUUCCUCUAGGACGCGGAAACGAACUUCUCGCUGCUCCAGUUCACGUUGGGACGCGUGACGUUUUUCGAGCUCGGCGGCGUCUCGCUGUGUGACUAAGGCAGAAAGAGUAGCUUUGAGCUCUUCAACAUACGCUUUCUUGCGCAGCCGAGUAUUUCGGGCGUGCUCCCGAUUCCGAUCCCUGUUUUGGCGCGCGCGUUCAUCUGGUGUAAGAUUUGAUCGUCUCGCUCGAUUCAGCUUGUCACUGUUAUUCUGAUUGUUCGAAUCCGUCGAAGUAAUACCGCCACCACAAACUGCAACCCAGUUGCUUCCUGUCAGGGCCUUGACAUGCUCAGUGCUGGUGUCAACUCUGAUUGUUGGUGUUACAACCGGUAUACUUGUUGCUGAUGGGACUGGAACAGAAUUUGGGCGUGUUUCUGUUGUCUUCUCGUUUUUACUUUUUGUGGCGGUAUUGUUGCUCCCAGCGUUCAUGAUGAGAUUGUUGACGGCCGCUUGUGCAACAGACUUAAAGUCAGCUUCGGUAGGGGGGUUCGAUAAAACGGAUGCGGCCGGGGCCGCAACAGGAGCUGAAGACGAAACGGCCUGAGGAGCCGCGGACGCCUUGCUCUGUGAAGCUGAGUUAGAUUGUGCAGAAGUCGCAAUUGGUCCUGACUCCUGCUUUAUCGAUGCGGCUGGUGCAUGGACCGAGACAGAAGGUGAGAUAGGUUUAGUAGGGGCAAGCACCGUCGUUCUCGGAACCACGGAAGUAGUUGCGAGAUCAGGGCUUGAAAUUGUCACUUUUCGCGGAUUGCACGAAGUCUUCUUGGUAACUUUCUUGGUUGCGGCUCCUUUCUGCACGUUUUUCUUUUGCUUUGAACCGCUUACUGAUUUGCGUUUCAGGUCGGGCCCAGCGUUUGCAGCAACGGUUUUCUUUCUUUUUGUACCACCAGGGGUUGUAACGUAAGUCACCAUCGAACUAGUGGGUGCAACUAAUGGUUGUGGUGGUGAAAUAACCAAGCUAUGUUCUA